AUGGGCUUCGAGUUUGGCUCGUUUGAUGAUAUCUGCUCCACGGCGAGUCUGAUAGUAUGCCCCUUGGUGGGAGAGUCGCAGGGCAUCGAGCCAACAUGCUAUAGCCGCAACGUCGAAAUCAACGGAACUCUUAUUUUUCAACCAGCGACAUGCUUUGUGCAUGUCGUUGCGUUGGUCAUGACUGCGAUCAUGAUAUACCAUAUUAGAAGCAAAUAUACCGCCGUUGGUCGCAAAGAAAUUGUACAUUUCUUCUACAUGUUCAUGGUUAUCGAACUUCUGGCGUUUUUCCUCGACUCGGCAAUCAUCCCUACAUCCAGCAAUGUGUAUCCCUGGUUCGCGGCGAUAUAUUCCGGCCUCGUCACCGCAACAUACGCAUGCCUGUUGAUCAAUGGGUUUGUUGGGUUCCAAUUUGCAGAGGACGGCACUCCUACCUCGCUUUGGGGCCUGAGAAUCGCGUGUCUCAUCUUCUUUGGCCUAUCAUUCUUCGUCUCAAUAGCGACGUUCAAAGGCCUUGCUGGAUUUAGUUACGCCAAGCCCAUCGGCCUCUUCAUCGUGUAUCUUCUAUGGCCAAUCCUUUGUGUUGUCGUGUAUGUCGUGCUUCAACUUGUCCUCGUGUUGCGCACCCUCGACGACCGAUGGCCGAUUGGUGAUAUCGUUUUUGGAGCAUCAUUCUUUACUGUGGCACAAGUCCUCCUGUUCGCUUUCAGUGUCACGAUUUGCGACGCCGUUCAGCACUACAUUGAUGGACUUUUCUUCUACACAUUGUGUAUGCUUCUCUCAGUAAUGAUGGUUUACAAGUACUGGGAUAGUAUCACUAAAGAGGAUCUCGAGUUCUCCGUCGGAUCGAAGCAAUCUGUAUGGGAGAUCAAAGAUCCCCUCCUCACGUCCGACAACAACGAUUAUGGCUUGGACGAUACCAAGAGCGCAUACGGGCCCAACUCGAUGUAUCAAGGCCACCCUGCAAGCUUGGUUGGCGGAGUGAGUGGACAGCAGUAUUACAAUGGGGGCCAUGGAUACCCUCCACAGGGACAAGGUUAUGGUCGCUAG